AUGCUGGAUGUGGUCAAACAAUCGACAACACGAAGUGCCAAGCCUUACGGUCCUGGCCACGGCCCCAUCCACGACUACGCGCAAGACUCCGCCAGAGCUUUACAGAUCAUCCAGUAUCGAUCUUAUCAACGCGAUAUUUACAUAUACCACGUACGCAGAAAUCUGCUGCCACUUCCGCUGAUCCGCAGAGCACUACAGCGUCAAAAUGAGUACCAUGACAGAUUGUCAAGCUUCGAUCCCAUGCGCCAUUACCCAGUAACUGAUGGUGACGAGAUCCCAGCUGGAUGCAUUGAAGCUGCAUAUCUGCCUAGUGUUUUCCACGGCCAUGGCUCCGCACUUGCACUGCGAUCAGAUCAAGCGUCAAAAACAGUGGAGUGGUUCGUCUUCAGUGGCCCUUUCCAUGACAUCUUCCUAUCUCAGAUCAUCUGCACUAACGGCGACUGGAUUCUGCAGCCAGACCUCCAUGCAGAUGACCCUCGGAAGGUCUUCGAUCUGGUAGGGUACGCUGGGAAAGGUCUGCAAACAAGGACCGUGAGAGGCGCAAAUCGUGAGCACAAGGGCUGGCAUGAUUCCCUGUCUUCUGCUGAAGAAACAAAGAGGACUGUCAAGUUGACGUGGAAGGGGUAUGGGAACGAGUUGAAGGCUGACCAGGAGCGGAGGAGACGAGAAGAGACGGCCGAGGGAACAGAAGAGGAGAGGCAAAUCGAUGCACAAGUGAGUGGAGAUCUAUUUGUACCCCCACAACCACCUCAGAAGCCAGUCGCUCGGCACAAGGCUUAG